AACAACUUGCUCCUGUAUCGGAGUUACCGAGGUGUUCGCGCUCCGGGCCCGAAGAGUAACGCUGCUAACGCACGCUCACAUUCACACUCAUGGAAUUUGUUACGACGCUUUCCGGGGCGGCUGCUGCUGCCACUGCUGCUGUCUUUCUUCCUUCCCACUCAAUUGGUCACUAACGUCGUCGUGUAUUUCUGUUGCACGCUCCUCCCUCUUGCGGCUCCUACCCCCCGCGCUUCUUUCGUCCACUUUCUCGAAGCCCAGCGCCCCUCGCCUAACGAACCUUUUGCUCGUUCGUUCGUUCUUCCGGGAGUGCGUCCUCGCCCUCGCCGUCGUAGGAGUCGCGGUUGCUUCGUGCUCAUCGUUCGUCGUGUUUUAGAGUGCGCGAGUGCGCGAGCCUUUUUCCGACCUAUCUCGUGUCACAGCUGUCCUCGUGGUCGGUCGCCAGUAUCAUGGCCGAUUCUCCUCGCCAUAGAUCGGACAGGUAUUCAAGAUCGCCUUCACCGAGGGAGAGAACCGAGCGCUCACGGUCUCGUAGUCCGUCCCGAAGGUCUCCACCUCCCAGGGAAAGAGUUGAGCGAUCUAGAUCCCGAAGUCCUUCUCGUCGGUUUAGGCACGAUGCUCUGAACCCAGGAAACAAUCUUUACGUUACUGGAUUGUCCACACGCGUCAAUGAGAAGGAUUUGGAGGAGCACUUCUCCAGAGAGGGAAAGGUUUUGGAGUGCCGUCUGGUAUUGGAUCCACGUACUCGCGAAUCUCGAGGAUUUGGAUUUGUGACAAUGGAGCAUUUGGAGGAUGCGGAGCGUUGCAUUAAGUACCUCAACCGGUCAACUCUGGAAGGGCGGAUGAUCACCGUUGAAAAGGCCAAAAGGAAGCGUGCAAGAACACCCACUCCUGGAGAAUACUUAGGUGUGAGAGCAGCCAUGCAGUCAAACAGAAGAGGAGGCCGUGGAGGUGGAUUUCGACGAGAUGCGAGGAACUCUCGGCAUUCUCCUGAGUACGCUCCUUAUUCCGGAGGCCGCGACAGGUCGCCUCGAUACUCACCGUACCGAGGUCACCAACGGGACCGCUCAUCUUCUCCUCAGUACGCCCCCUACCGGCGUUGAAGAUACGGUCUUCUAUCCGGAGAUCUGCGUAUGGUUUUUGCCAUCGUCUUGUGUACAUCGCUAGUUUUGGCCGUGAGUGAUGCUCAUUAUCUUCGUUUUCGACGUGGUAAUACUGCUACGUCUUGACAAACGCAACAUCAGGGAGCAAUGUAUUGUAUCCAUCCACUCGAGAGACACGUCAAGUGCCAGAAGCAGACACCUCGAUAGCCACUUUUUUCGGACUAUCCGUUUGCUAGAAUCGCUUCAAAGGGACUUGCAAUCGUACUUCAAUGUUGAUUGUAACAUUAUCAACAUCUGUUGUGAGCCUGUCGGCUAAAUCUUAGGUCAAUCGCAGUUACCUCUUUUGCAUUUCGGAAAUUUACCAAGUUUUGAGUAGCCUUGAAUAUGAAUGAAUUCUGUUAUCUUUCCUAGUGCUAAGGUGUGGCUGUAAUUUGAUCAAAUGUAAAGAAGGGUCAUCAA